CGGCCGGCCGGCACGAUGCGCGCCGCGCUGCUCCUGCUGCUCGCCCUGCUCCUGCUGCUGCCCGGCCGCGCCGCCCGCCCCAAGCUCGCCCUGCCCAUCCGGCCUGACACGGACCCGCUGCCUCCCGGAGGGGCUGCAGGCUGCGCCUUCGGGGGUCACUUCUAUGCCCUGGAGGAGACAUGGCACCCGGACCUGGGGGAGCCCUUCGGGGUCAUGCGCUGCGUUAUCUGCCACUGCGAGCCGCAGAGGAACCGCCGAGGGAAGCCAGCAGGAAAAGUGAACUGCAAGAACAUGAAGCAGGACUGCCCGGUGCCCACCUGCCCCCGGGCCACGCUGCUGCCCGGGCACUGCUGCCACACCUGCCCCAAAGCUUUGCCAGAACCCCCAGAGAAGAGUCCUGCACUUGCCCUCGACACCUUUGAGUACUUCCAGGACAAGGAGGAUGACCUGGACAAGCCUUACAAUGAUCGCUCCUACCUCAGCUCUGAGGGGCUGGCCCGUGAUGAUGCCCGCACAGAGUUCGUGGCCUUGCUGACGAGUGGUGGCCCAGAGCUGUGGCACCCAACGUCUAGUGCGGUGGCCAAGGCUCGCUUUACCCUGCUCCGUUCCUACCUGCUCUUCUCCAUCAGCUACGAGCGGCUGGGGCGGCCGAGCCGGGUGCGUUUCAGUGACCCUGAGGGCAAUGUGUUGUUCGAACACCCCGUGCAGAAGACCGCUGCCUCCGAGGAUGGCAUGCUCUGCGGGAUGUGGAGGACAGUGUCAAAGGCCAACGUUCAGCUGCUGAGGGGGGAGCAGCUCCGUGUGUCCCUUGUCACCCGUACGCAGCCCUCUGGAGAGGUCCAUGGGCACAUCCUCAAGCACCGGGCACUCUUUGCUGAGACAUUCAGUGCCAUCCUGACCUCAUCGGACCCCACACACCUGGGUGUUGGAGGAAUGGCCAUGCUGACGCUGAGUGACGCUGAGAACAACCUGCACUUCAUCCUCAUGGCCCGAGGGCUGCUGGAGCCUGGUGCUGGGGCUGAGGAAUUCCCCUCGGUUCCACUGCGCGUGCGCAUCCUGCACCAGGGCCAGACACUGAGGGAGGUCCAUGCCAACAUUACCGUGGAGGACCCUGACUUUGCGGAGGUGCUGAGUGAGCUCUCUGCCCGUGAGCUGCAGUGGUUGGUGCAGGGGCAACUUCGCAUCAUAGCUGAGACAGAGGGCCGGCAUGCACGCCAGCUGACAGGCACCAUCACCACACGCCGCAGCUGUGACACCAUACAAAGUGUGCUGUGUGGAGCAGACGCCUUGCUGCCAACCAAGACCGGGGCUGCAGGCUCAGCCAAGCUGGCACUGCACGAGAAUGGCACCCUGGAGUACCAGGUGCAGGUUGUGGGCACUGCCAGUGAGGUGGUGGGUAUCACGCUGGAGACCAAACCCCGGCGGAAGAGCAAGAGGAACAUCCUGUUUGACAUGACACCCAGCUACAAGGAUGGGCUGGCCUGGGGCACCUGGCAGAACCCCAGUGCCCGCGAUGCCCACAUGCUGCUGCAGAAUGAGCUCUUCCUUAAUGUGGCCACCAAGGACUGGGCGGAGGGUGAGCUGCGGGGCCAAGUCAUCUCCUUGCCCUACAGUGGGCUGCUCGCCCGCUACACAGAGAUGCCGAUGGUGCUGGCGGGGCAGCUGGUGUCCCCCCCGGUGGGCAGCGGUGCGGCAGGGCACGCCUGGCUCUCGCUGGAUGAGCACUGCCACCUGCACUACGAGAUCUCGGUGGCAGGGCUGGGCCGCCCGGCCGAUGGCACCAUCAGUGCACAUCUCCAUGGCGUGGCUGAACUGGGUGAGAUGGGCACCCGGCCCCACCAGCACAAGCGCCUGCUCAAGGGUUUCUACAGCACCGAGGCUCAGGGGGUGGUGAAGGACCUGGAUGCUGACCUGCUGCAGCACCUGGCGCAGGGCACUGCUUUCCUGCAAGUCAGCACCAAAGCCCACCCUAAUGGAGAAAUGCGAGGACGGGUGCACAUCCCCAACCAGUGCCAUGCAGGAGGGACACGCCUGGCCCAGGGGCAAGCCCUUGGGGAGACCGAGCUCCCUGAGGGCACCAAGACAAGGGAUCUGGAGCAGCUGAAGAAGGACUCCAACUCCUGCUUCUUUGAGGGACAGCACCGAGCACACGGCUCUCGUUGGGCACCUGACUAUGACAAGAAGUGCUCCAUCUGCAGCUGCCAGAAGCGCACGGUGAUUUGCGACCCCAUCCUGUGCCAUCCCCUCAACUGUACCCGCCAGGUGCACCCCGAGGAGCUGUGCUGCCCCAUCUGUGAAGAGAAGAAGACUGGGCAAGAGGAGCUGAAGCUGGAGCGGGCACGGGACAGUAGUGAGGGCUGCUACUUCGAUGGGGACAAGACAUGGCGAGGCUCUGGCACCCGCUGGCACCCUGUUGUGCCCCCCUUUGGUCUCAUCAAAUGUGCCAUUUGCACCUGUAAGGGCACCACGGGUGAAGUACACUGUGAGAAGGUGCAGUGCCCACGGCUCACCUGUGCCAACCCUGUGCGUGCCAGCCCCUCUGACUGCUGCAAGCAGUGCCCAGCCCCAGAGAAGAGUGUCACUGAGCUGGCCGACACCAUGCAGGCGGAUGGGCCACGGGCAUGCCGCUUUGGGCGCCGCUGGUACCUCAACAAUGAGAGCUGGCAUCCCUCAGUGCCCCCCUUUGGAGAAAUGAAGUGUAUCCUGUGCUGGUGUGUGUCAGGGGAGACACACUGCCAGCGCCAAGAGUGCCCGCCAGCUGCCUGCACCAACCCUGCCAGGAGGGACAACUCCUGCUGUGCCAAGUGCCGUGCCCCGGAUGCCCCUGUGGAUGCACGGGAGAAGGUCCAAGAUGCAAGGGCAGAGGCACAGAGCCGCUGAGCAGUGACUGUUGCCCAGAGUGGGGUGAGCAUGCAGUGAGGCAGGGUGGCUGUGAGGGGUUCCCGGCUGCCCAUUGCCCCCAUGCAGGGCAGGGGGUACAGAGGAACACGGCAAGGUGGACACAGCCAGGCGCCCAGUCUGGGCACCUCUUCCUGGCCCGUCCACGGUGCCAGGGCUGUCCUGCCUACUCAUGCCCCUGGGCAGUGCCUGGGCUGGUGGAGGUACCCACUGCCCUCCCAUUUCGAGCCCCCUCAGCCAGUGGGCACAGUGGGCAUGGUGCCCGCCUUGUACAUAGUGUAAAAUCCC